AUGAUGUCGGUCGAAGGGUCUACAAUAACAAGUCGGAUCAAAAAUCUACUUCGCUCCCCUUCCAUUAAGCUGAGGAGAAGCAAGCCUGGGAACAAGCGUGAAGAUAUAGGCAGCAAGGUGACUUUGGAGAAGGUGUUGGGGAUAACUGUGUCGGGAGGCAGAGGAUUAGCCUGCGACCCCAGAACUGGCCUCGUUGCUUAUCCGGCAGGGUGUGUUGUUGUGCUGUUCAACCCUAGAAAAAAUAAGCAACACCAUAUUCUGAACAGUUCCAGGAAAACAAUUACAGCACUUGCUUUCUCUCCAGAUGGAAAAUAUUUGGUUACAGGAGAGAGCGGACAUAUGCCAGCAGUUCGGGUAUGGGAUGUGGCUGAGAGAACCCAGGUGGCUGAGCUGCAGGAGCACAAGUAUGGCGUGGCCUGCGUGGCCUUCUCCCCCAGCUCCAAGUACAUUGUUUCAGUGGGGUACCAGCAUGACAUGAUUGUCAACGUCUGGUCAUGGAAGAAAAACAUUGUAGUGGCAGCCAACAAAGUCUCAAGUAAAGUGACAGCUGUGUCAUUCUCAGAGGACUGCAGUUACUUUGUCACUGCUGGAAAUCGACACAUCAAGUUCUGGUACCUGGAUGACAGCAAAACCUCCAAGGUCAAUGCUACAGUCCCCUUGUUAGGUCGCUCCGGAUUGCUUGGAGAACUGAGGAACAACUUCUUUGCCGAUGUAGCGUGUGGAAGGGGCAAAAAAGCUGACAGCACCUUCUGUAUCACAUCCUCAGGCCUGCUCUGUGAAUUCAAUGAAAAAAGGCUGCUAGACAAGUGGGUGGAGCUGAGGACCACUGUGGCAAACUGCAUCUCUGUGAAUCAUGACUACAUCUUCUGUGGCUGCGCUGAUGGCACCGUGCGGAUUUUUAACCCUCUGAACCUUCACUUUGUCACCACACUUCCGAAGCCGCACUUCCUGGGAACAGACAUCGCGAGUGUCACUGAGGCCAGUCGUCUUUUCUCUGGUAUGACUGAUGCGAAGUAUCCAGACACGAUUGCCUUGACCUUUGACCCCACCAACCAGUGGCUUUCCUGUGUAUACAAUGACCACAGCCUGUAUGUGUGGGAUGUCAAAGACCCGAAGAAAGUGGGCAAGGUGUACUCUGCAUUGUACCACUCUUCCUGCGUGUGGAACAUUGAGAUGUAUCCAGAGGUGAAGGACAACAAUCAGUCAUGCCUACCCCCUGGUUCCUUCAUCACUUGCUCCUCUGACAACACCAUUCGUCUGUGGAACACCGAGAGCUCCAACAUUCAUGGCACAGCCCUGCACCGCAACAUCCUCAGCAAUGACUUGAUGAAAAUCAUCUAUGUAGAUGACAACACUCAGGUACUUCUGGACACUGAUUACAACUCAGCAGGAAGUGCAGACAAAGCUGAUGCGCAAGUAAUGGAUACAAAGGUGGGGAUACGCACUGUCUGUGUGAGUCCCAGUGGGGAGCACCUGGCCUCGGGGGACAGGAUAGGCACUCUCAGGAUAUAUGAGUUGCAGUCUCUGAGGGAAAUGCUGAAGGUGGAAGCCCAUGACUCUGAGAUCCUAUGUCUGGAGUACUCCAAACCUGAUACAGGCUUAAAACUCUUAGCCUCAGCCAGUCGGGAUAGACUGAUUCAUGUCUUGGAUGCUGGAAAGGACUAUAGCCUGCAGCAGACCCUGGAUGAACAUUCUUCUUCCAUCACUGCUGUGAAGUUUGCAGCCAAUGAUGGGAAAGUGAGAAUGAUAAGCUGCGGGGCAGACAAGAGCAUCUAUUUCCGCACUGCGCAGAAGACAGGAGAAGGGGUUCAGUUUACCCGAACACAUCACAUCGUUAGGAAGACCACUCUAUAUGACAUGGAUGUGGACCCCAGCUGGAAAUACGCAGCUAUUGGAUGCCAGGAUCGUAACAUCAGGGUUUUCAACAUAAGCAGUGGGAAGCAGAAGAAGCUUUACAAAGGAUCCCAAGGUGAAGAUGGCACCCUCAUCAAAGUGCAAACGGAUCCCUCUGGUCUUUACAUUGCAACCAGUUGUUCGGACAAGAACCUCUCCAUCUUUGAUUUCUAUUCUGGCGAGUGUGUUGCAACAAUGUAUGGACAUUCGGAGAUUGUAACCGGGAUGAAAUUCAGUAAUGACUGCAAACACCUGAUCUCUGUUUCUGGUGACAGCUGUAUCUUCAUCUGGCGUCUGAGCUCAGAGAUGACCAUCAACAUGCGGCAGCGACUGUCUGACAUGAAGCAGAGAGGGAAGCAGGCAGAAAAGUCUCCUCCGCAUAAGACAGGUGGACUCAUGAGGCAUGAGUCCAUAUCUGCCCUGUCCUCUAUGCCUGCACUCUCAUCAGACAGUGACAAGGAUGGUGAAGACGAAGGGAAUGAUGAAGAUGAGUUACGUGGGCUGCAGUCUUUCCAUAUUCAGUCCAGCUGCAACACUGGGAGAGACUCAGAUCCAGACCUUACCCUCUCAAGAAGCCUUUCCCAUUGGGAAAUGAGGAGGGCCAAAGAGAUAGCAGCGAUCCAGCGCUCAGAGGCACCGAUGAGCAAAAUGCCCCGGCAACGUGGGCGCUGGUCCCAGCCAACCAGCAACAUAGAGAUGACUGUGAAAUCCAUGCUUGACUUGCGUCAGUUGGAGUCUUUCUCUGUUUCCCGUUCUCCGAGUCGAGACUCGCUGUCUCAAAACAGCAAUGGGGAUGACAGAGAAGAGCAAUCAGAUCUUCCUGUACACAUCAACAAAGUUGGCAGCUCAAUACCUCCCGAAGAUAACCGGUCUUGUGUGCGACCCCAAGUGAUUCGGCUUGUGUCUUGUGAAGAGGGGAUUUUCUCUCAGGAACUGGAACCUUCUGAGAGCGAGGAGUGUGUAAUCUACCCUGAGCAAGAUGAAAUCCAUCCCACAGACCCUAGCAGUGAGUUCCAGGUAAAAGCAUUGCCCCAUGGGAAGCUAAGUAGAGGUUAUCACAGUAAUGGAUGCCCAGACAAACACAGUCCUGACAGUGCCUGCUCUGUAGAUUACAGCAGCAGUCGUCUGUCCAGCCCAGACCAUCCAAAUGAAGAUUCUGAAAGCACUGAGCCCCUAAGUGUGGACGGUGUCUCAGACCUGGAGGGAGAGGAAGGAGAGGAGGACGUGGGUACUAGCAUGCCGGAGGGAGAAAUACCCCAGACACCCGAUCAGGAGAAGUUCCUUAAACAGCAUUUUGGGACCCUGGGCAGCACUGAUGGAAAAGGCGGCUCAUGUAGGAAUCUGGAAAGAACUGAAAACCUCAGCAUCUCCUCUCGCUUUCUUUCCCAGUCCCCGGCUCUCAGACGAUUGUCACUCUCUUCAUCAAAUCUGAUACUGGAUUCAAAGCCCAUCGAGUCGACAACGCAGAGCAAUCGGCUUACACCAGACCUAUUGAAAAAUGGCAGUGACCAUCCUGGUGAUGCACUGGAGAACAGCCAGCUCCUGGACAGUGUAAAUUCAAAUAGGGCUGUUUACGUCCAGAAAAAACGCAGAUCAGCUUUGGAGGCCAGCAGAGUUGGUAUGGCUCCUGGACGGGUUAUUGCAUCCUUUCCAGAAGGCCCUGUGAACGCAGUGAUGAGAAAGGCACAGUCAGUUCACGACCUUGUUCAUGAGGAUAAGGGUCCUGGAGUGGUAUCCUCUGUCAAGCAGCGUCCUCAGACUCUUUUGGUGGUUGAGAAGGACCCCAGACCUAACAAUUGCAGGGUGUUAUCAGCCAGUAUGUUGAAGAUGGAUGGAUCUGGUGCUCUGCUGGCCAAAGAUGUCAGGGCUGCAAAACCAAAGUCCUACAUGAACCCCACAACCAGCUUCCGGGCUAAGAUGUCAAGGAGCGUAUCUGUAGGGGAAAAUCUGUACCUUGGUUACUCCACCGAAAUGCUGACUGAUGGGAGGACUAGCCCUCCAGUGGCAGAGAAGACACAGUUUAGUUCCACAGCAGAUGCUGAGAAGAUUAAGCUACCAGUGAAAGAAAAUGUUCCAGUGAAGCCAGCACUUCAGCCAGUUGUAAACUGCUCGUCUCCCAAGUCCUUCCACAGCAAGUUGGCAUCAUCAAACCGAGCACAUCUGAUUCUUGACAUUCCCAAGCCAUUGCCUGAUAGACCCACACUGGCCUCCUUCUCACCCACUACCAAACCAAAAACCCUGCUUGAGCCACAGUCUCCGCAGUCACCUGCUGGGGCCUGUAAAAAGAAACCCUCUUUUCCUGAGGUCCGAGCCUCCAAGAAGGAGAAUCAAACUGCUGGGUCUCUGGUUCCUGGUAGAGAGAUCCCAACAGGACUUGCUAAGGAGAGCCCAUUGGAGAGUCCAGUCUCAAGGACAGGUUGCCAGGAUGAGCCAGGGGUCACUAAUCCAAAACUGAGGGAGUUGUCAGAGGGCCGACACCUAAGGUCUCCUGAGGGCACACUGCCCAGGUGCAGGGAGAGGAUCACCGGCAUCGCCUGUGUGCUAGACAACCAACCUGGACUUUGCCCACUAGACCCCAUCAGGCCGAGGUCUCCUACAUCUAUAACUGCCUCGGCACAGGUCUCAGAAUCGUGCAUCAGCGUAGAGCAGUGUGAGCACGUGGUAUCCGAGCUCCAGGACAGCAUGCGCAAAGCCAUUCAUCUUUACCGCAUGGUGUUAAAUGAUACGGAGUCUUCUACUGACAAAGAUAAAAUAGCAGGCCUCCUGACAGAGACAUUCUCCUCAAUGAAGAAAGAGUUGGACUCUCUGAAGGAUGAGGAAGAGCUUCCAAAGGUUAAGGAGGUGCUGGUGAAGCCACAAGAUAGCACGAGCCCACUGAAUGAGGGAUGUGGUGCCAAUCUACCGAGUCCCAAGAGUUUGGGAGAUGAGCAGACACUAGCUUUGCUGGAACAGUACUCAGAGCUAUUGCUACAAGCUGUGGAACGACGCAUGGACAAAAAACUUUAAAAGGGCUGGAUUUCAGGUGUUUGUGAAUACACAGAGAUAAUCCCAAGAAGAGGACCACAGAGAGAGCUUCAGACUGAUGCUAUCAUUGCAUGGGUCUAGGGAGACCUUUACGAAUUGAUUUCCUCAGGCCCCUACAACUGACUUGCUCUAAUUCUUAGCAAUGUGCUGGCCACAAUUUUAAUAUUUUUUUCCCCCCCAAUGGUUUUCAACUUCCUG